UCUUACCCUUGAGCCUCUGUGUUAUAAUUAAAGUCUUGUGAUGUGUCUCGUCGUGGGCCACUGGGUCGAAAAUUUGGAUAUAUCAUUUAUCGUUUUGUGUAUCAGUCGUUGAAGAAUUGUGUGAUUUAGUGUGUCACGCGUCAGCCAAUUAGAAGGAAGUUGAGAAAAUUAACGUUUACACUGGGGAUAUGACAAGGGAUUUUUAACAAAGUGCGGUGAGAAUAAUUUCACGUCGUGAUAAUAAAGAAAAAACAAACCGACAAUCAGAUAUCGGCUCCUCACCAAUGAGCGAGGGGAUCACUUGGAAAAUACAAAACCGUGCAACACCACCAAGGGAACAAUAUUGUUUUAUAAUAUUCAGGUGGAAUUCGGUGUACAAAUUGUGCACAACAAUUCAACGACAAUUUUUUAUCACGGAGCACUUCGGAAUCACUGGAUACAGCCAUGGGGCUCGAUUUCCUGGCCGACGGAGGUGCCGACUUCGAGCAUGCAAUCACCGUUACGGGAUUCGGCAAAUUUCACUACAUGCUGCUUGCAAUAUGCGGUCUCAUUUACAUGGACACAGCCAUCGGUGUAACUAUUAUUUCCUUCGUCCUGCCAGCAGCACAAUGUGAUCUCCGAAUGGAUUCCACCACCAAAGGCUGGCUCAGUGCAUCUCCAAUGUUCGGAAUGGUUAUUGGAUCGUACAUAUGGGGAUGUCUGGCUGAUACCAAAGGCCGGAAAAUAGUGUUGAUUGCCACUUUGCUGAUGGAUGGAAUUGUGGGAAUUAUUUCCUCAUUUGCCCAACAGUUCUGGCCCUUUUUGCUCUUCAGGUUUUUCAAUGGAUUCGCUGUUACUGGGGCGAUGGGAAUUUGUUUCCCAUAUCUCGGAGAAUUCCAGCCCACGAAAUACCGCGAGAAAAUUCUCUGUUGGAUGGAAAUGUUCUGGACUGUUGGUGUUAUCGUUCUCCCACUGAUUGCAUGGCUGAUUGUCCCUCUUCAUAUUACCUACGAAUCCGAUUCGUUCUACUUCAAAUCCUGGAAUCUCUUCGUCGCCCUCUGCGCCUUGCCCUCUCUGAUGCUCGCCCUGUGGCUUUUUGCAUUUCCUGAGAGUCCGAAAUUCCUUCUGGAGUGCGGGGAAACUGACAAGGCCCUCGAGGUUUUCAGGUGGAUUUAUGCGCAAAAUACUGGAAACGAUCCAUCACAGUAUCCAGUGAAAUCUCUCCAGGAGAAAUCGAAUCCCAAAGACAAAAGUACUAGGUCUCUGAGACUUCACAAGCGCAAAGACCUCAAAGUACUUUGCUCUGAGGUCUGGGAUCUAACAAAAGCGCUUUGCAAACCGCCGUACCUCAGAAAUACUGUUCUAGCAUGUGCCAUUCAAUUCGGCCUGACGAGCAGUUAUUACACUCUGAUGGUGUGGUUUCCCGAAUUAUUCACCAGAUUUGAAGAGUUUGAAGUUGAAUUUCCGGGGGAAUCUACAUCUGUGUGCAUCGUAUCUCUUCCAAAUAACAGCACUGAUUCAAAUCCCUACGGAUGUGGAAAUAUCAUUGCAACUGAUGUUUAUUUGCAUACUGUGUACAUUGGCCUUGCUUGCAUUCCCGGAUCCAUUAUUCUGCCACUUUUCAUUCACAAAGUUGGAGCCAAGGCUUUUCUCAUCGCAUCCCUCGUAAUCUCCGGUGCAGUAACCAUUGGUUUUUAUUUUGUCACGAGUUCCGAUCAGAAUCUCAUCCUCUCCUGUAUUUUCGAGGCCCUCACCUCACUGGGAAUAUCUCUAGUUUACUGCGUAAUUGUUGACAUGUUUCCUACAAAUUUGAGGGUAAUGGCAGCGGCAUUGUCAUUAACAAUGGGCAGAUUAGGCGCACUCGUUGGUAAUCUUGUCUUCGGUUAUCUCAUUGAUCUGGCAUGCGUCGUACCUAUUAUACUCUUCGCAGCUUUCCUAUUCAUGUGUGGUUUCCUCUCAUUUUUGCUGCCAAGGACUGGGAAAGACACUCUGGACUAGAAUCAAUUCUAUCUUAAUUGAAAAACGAGAUUUUUCAUCGAAUUUAUCUGUUUAUUAUUUUAUUCAUCGUAACUUUUCUAAUUUAAAGUAUUUUAUAGUGAAAGCGUUUGAAUUUUCUACGCAAUUCUCAAAUGGCUGCACAGUUCUCUUUCCUCAAUGGAAAGUACUCAAGCCGAAGGAUUAUUUUAAGUAUUUAUUAUCACAUAUUUAGCCAUAAAGUACAUUACAGGACCUCUACAAAGCUUAAAAAAAUUUUAGCACACAAACGAUAAACUCACAAUUAUGUAUAGAAUGUAUAAAAAUAAUUGACAUUAUGAGGAUGAUAUGAGGGGACACGUAUAAGAUAAUUGUAAAAUAGUUAAUACUUGUAUGUCUUUUUUUUUUUUUCUAAAAUAUAUAAUUUAUUAUCGCAA